AAUCUCAUAUCCCAUAAUAUUUGUAAUAAUUCAAUGAUUGCUCGCCAAAUAGAAAGUCAAAUAUAAUCAUCUUCUCUAAAAUUGAACAAGAAUCCCUUGUACUUGAACUACCCCAAUAUUAUGAUUUAACCAAAAAAAAAAAAAAAACAGAGAGAGUUUGCAAACAAGAAAUAUAUAUAUGAUUGGAUAAUUUCUUAUAGUUAUAGGCAGAUGAACAUCAACCAACACAAUUUACAUGCUAAAUAAAGAGAAAUUUUGAGAAGAAACCUGAGAUGAAAAAAGAAAAGUGUUAUUAAUCUCAACUCCAUUUGCUAGUGUUGUUUCAAAUGUAGUUUAAUUUGUUUCAAAAGUAACCAAAUCUUGUUUAGUUUCUGAAAACUUUCCACCUUCCAAAAUCCCAAAACACCCAUCAAUUUGAACCUUUUUUCAACUGAAACAAAGAACAAAAAAAAUUAUAGCACCAUUGACAACUUGUUUUACCUCUCCCCUGCAACUGUAACUUAACUUCAACCAUGGCUUCUUCUUCCUCUUCUUUAAUCCCACUUUCCCUCCCCACCAUUUCCCAAUCUCAUCCACCAUGGAAGACGAAGCAUCCUCCACCUUCAUUUCCUUCACUAAGUCCCCUCUCCUCAUAGAUGAAGUUUCUGAUUCUAAUUUCUCAGAUUAUGCCAUACCUGAUGCCAAGCGGAUGAGAUUAGACCAUGAUCUUAAUGAUGUAGCCACCGUCGAGAAAUUUAAAGGUGUAGUGCCGCAACAGAAUGGCCGUUGGGGAGCGCAGAUCUAUGCGAACCACCAGAGGAUCUGGCUCGGUACCUUCAAAUCGGAGAAAGACGCUGCCAUGGCUUAUGACAGUGCCGCUAUCAAGCUUCGCACCAGAGACUCUCACCGGAAUUUCCCAUGGACUCGCCUAUCAAUCGAGGAGCCGAAUUUUCAAAGCAAAUUCUCCAUAGACGCCGUUCUCAGCAUGAUCAAAGACGGAUCGUAUUCCUCAAAAUUUUCCGCCUACUUACGAACGAAGUCUCAAAUUUGCGACUCGAAUAUACAGAACCUCCAAACUAUUGAAAAUGGCGACCGCGAUGGCCAUUUCUCUUGCAGCCAUCUAUUCCAGAAGGAAUUAACACCAAGCGACGUCGGAAAGCUCAAUCGACUCGUAAUCCCUAAAAAAUACGCAGUGAAACACUUUCCGUACAUCAGCGAGAGCGCAGAGGAGAAUAACGACGAUAUCGAAAUCGUCUUCUACGAUACAUCAAUGAAGACAUGGAAGUUCCGAUACUGUUACUGGAGGAGCAGCCAGAGCUUCGUCUUCACCAGAGGCUGGAAUCGAUUCGUGAAAGAGAAAAAGCUGAAGGCGAACGACAUCAUCACGUUUUACACAUACGAAAGCUGCGGAAGAGACAAAAAUGGCGGAACAUUGAUUUUCAUUGACGUAAUCUACAAGAAACCGGAAGAUGAUCGGAGCGAGAGUAGUUGCUUAGCGGCGGAGAGAGAGAGUAUCAAGAACGAACAAUUGCAGAGAGAAUUAGGGCUUGAUCGGGAGGACUGUGAGGGGAAGAAGAAGAAGAAGAAGAAGGAGGAAGAGGAGGAGAUUUUAAAGCGUGAAAAAUUAAACCCUAUUAGCCAAAAUGUUGGGCAAAAGCGAAUUAGGUUAUUUGGAGUGCACAUUGAUUAA